CCGGAAUAGUGCUGUGCCAUCACAAAAGUAUUCUUGUAGUUUUGACAAUUGUAAAACGUUUAGCAUUUGUUUUGAUGUCCAGAAAUUUUUCCGGGCGCUUUAUUUUGUGAGUUUGCUGCCGUAGUAAUAUUGAAUUUAUUCUGAAAUUAAAUAGGCAGAAAAUAUGUCCGGUUUGGAGUCGUAUGUGAACACCACCGUAUCGAUCAUAACAGCCGACGGGCGGAAUUUCGUCGGCACGCUCAAAGGAUUUGACCAAACCAUCAACAUAAUUCUGGACGAAUCACAUGAACGGGUGUACUCUAUGAACACCGGCAUAGAGCAAGUUGUUCUAGGCCUGCACAUAAUCCGCGGGGACAAUGUGGCAGUCAUUGGCCAGCUUGACGAGAGCAUAGACAGCAAACUGGACUUUUCUACGAUACGAGGAAUGCCACUCGAGCCAGUGGUUCACUAAUUUAAUAACGGUAUAAUUUGUAAGAUCAAUGAAUUGUUUUGAAAUAAAAUGAUGUGUUUCAAAAAAUA